AUGUCUUCCAAAACUACAAAUCAGCCAAAGCCAUGGAGACGAUACCAUUGUGAACAUUGUGAAAUGAUGCAACUACACGAUCCGUCAUGUAUACAUCCAGCAGCAGCAGCAACGACAAUGCCGGCAGUAGCAUCAUCAGCAUCAGAAGCGGCAUAA